GCAGUAUUCAAUAUGUCGUCAAGCGAGGAGGAUGUGGUUGUAGCUUGGCAAUUUUUGCGAAAUCGACGUAAACGUAAAAGAAUGCGUCGAUACUGGAUUCAUCCAUUAUUUGUUCAUAAUCUAGAGCACAACCCAGUAACUCUUGCACAGCAACAACUAGCUCUCAAUCCGGAAAAAUUUAAAGAAUUUUAUAGAAUGAAUCAGCAAAGUUUUAAAGUAUUACUGGAACUUACAGGACCAAGAAUAGAAAAAUUGCAUAUAAACUAUCGAUUAAUCUGUAAUUCCAAAUGCAAGGAUGCUAUUCGAUCAAUUUUACAAAAUUACCAGUUACACUUUUAGGUGCG